AUGAAGUUUGAACUCGUCACCCUCGGCCUCCUUGGCAUGGCUUCUGCGAGCCCUGCGCAGCCGCUUGCGCACAGCCCCCGAAGCAACAUCGUCAAGCGCCAGGUCCCCCAGGAGCACUCUCACGAGAUCUUCCUGACGAUCACCCGCGAGUUUCUCAACCUCAACAACCCCAAGGGCAUUGUCGAUCCUGUCUUCGGCCUCCUCGGUGACGCUGCCGCUUCCAAGGGCGCCGGCAAGGUCACCAACCUGGCAUGCCUCAAGCAGGAGACUGCUGACCAGGCCUUCACCAACGCCAAAAAGGUGGGAGACAUUCGCGGCAUGUCCGCUGCCCUCGUCUACCAGGCCCUCGAGCGCAACACCGGCUCUGUUGGCGGCGUCAGUGCCGCUUGCACUGACAAGCCCGUCAACCCUGAAAUCGGCGCGUUCGCCCAGCACCAGGAUGCCGCCGGUCCUGGCGCUCUCGCAGGCAACAAGGCCAUUGCCCUGGCUCUGGCCAAGCAGCUGGCCCUCAUCGGUGGCGAUCCGCUCCUCGCGCUUGAGAGUGGCACCUUUGUCGCCGGAGACCUCAAUGACAGGACCGCCGCCGGCAAGUCCUGCGACAGCGCCAAUGACCCCGUCGGCUGCAUUUUCACCCAGCGCCUCCUUCUCCUCGAUGCUACCCCUGACGAGAUCAAGGCCGCCGUUCAAGGUGUCGUCCCGGCCUUCACGGGCACCGGCCAGCUCAAGGCCACCCACAUUGACUUUGCUGGUCUUCCCGUCGCCGCUGCGGCCGGCGCCCCCCCUGCUCCUGCCGGCCCGGCUGCUGCGAAGCCUAACGUCACACCUCUCGCCUCCUCUGCUCCCGGCGCUGGCAACGCCGUUGCGAAGCCAGCCGCUUACGCACCGGACGACGAUGGGUGCGAGGCUGUGAAGCCCACUACGACUUCCACCCGGAGCUGCACCGUCAUCACCAGGACCGUCCCCCGCCACUGA